AUGAGUGCGGAAGGCGGCGACGACGACGACGACGACGAGUUCGACGAGGAUAGAAUGACGUCGCUCGACGAGAGAGCUUCAAAAGUGGAAGCUAAAAUCAAGAACAUUAGCGGGAGAGUGAUGCACGUCAACUCGACUUUGGAGUUGUUGAGGAGCGAACUCGACGAGCUGAAAAACGAGCUGAAACAGUUGGAGAAAGAAGAUGCGACGAACGAGCACGUGGCAAACGCGCGCUUGGUUUUUGAUGGCGCCGGUCCGGGUGGGCAACUCGGGGGAUUCGUCACGCCAGCCAAGCACAGUCGAUUCAUAAAGUAUUUACUCGGGUCGGCGGUAAACUUAGUGUCCCGUAAAACGGAAGAGAGAAUGCGAUUAAAGGAAGAAUACGUCAACUUCCGGGAAACGCAAACCAUCAGCUAUUUCCUCUUUCCGCUCGUGUUGUUUAUUUGGUACAACUCGAAACAUUCGGGGCAUUUCUUUCUCCAAAGCCAGAUAGCAGCUUCCAAGCACUCAGAAUUCGUGGAGACAGUAUUAACUGCUUCGUACCCCAUCGCGUUACAGGCAUAUUUCAGUUGGCUGUUGUAUUUUUACACCUCGCUCGGACUGCGCGAGAACAUCCUAAAAGCAAACGGAAGUAACAUUCGGCCUUGGUGGAUUCAGCAUCACUACUACUCCAUGGCAAUGGCGUUGUGCGUCUUAACCAUGGACGUCGAUUCCCCUUCAUGCGUUACGUUUAUUGGAAGAUUCCUUUUCUUCACGUUCUGCCAAGGUAUCGUCAUGUUUCUUCAGAAUCGAUACCAGCGCUUUCGCAUGUAUACGCGUGUCGCAAUUGGCAAAGCGUCGCCGAUGGACGUUUCGGCGACAGAAUCUGGAAGCAGAUUAAAGCUUCUGUGGCCGCUUUUGUUAACGUUACAGACGAUGCAGCUCGUGUUUGGAUGUCAAGUUUUGCUGAGGUGGUACAAAGAAUUCGCGCGCAACGGAAAAGGAUUGAGCGAAUGGCAAGCGUUGGUGGCUGGGUCGCUCUUCGUCUUGAUGGCACUUGGCAACUUCAACGCCACGGUGAUGACUUUCAUCCGGAAAAGAGAUUACGCCAUGACUGAAGCAAAGAGAAAAAACAAGAGGGCGUGA